CCUUCCUGGUCUUGCUACAGUAAUAGCUAGCACUGUUCGCCAACUUGCGAAAAACGAUUCAGUACGAAAUAGCAAAAAAUCUUCUAUUGUACCAUAGUAUAUAAUUAAUAUGCCUACAGAUCUUUGCCCUGUCUACGCUCCCUUCUUUGGUGUAAUGGGAUGCACCGCUGCAAUUGUAUUUGCUAGCUUUGGUGCUGCUUAUGGUACUGCCAAAGCUGGUGUUGGUAUCAGUGCCAUGGGUGUUUUGCGUCCGGACCUUAUUGUUAAAAACACGAUCCCCGUCGUCAUGGCUGGUAUUAUUGCAAUUUAUGGCUUGGUCGUUUCUGUUUUAAUCUCCGGUAACCUCAAGCAAAAUCUUAGUCUUUACAGCGGUUUUAUUCAGCUUGGCGCUGGUCUUUCUGUAGGCUUGGCUGGUCUCGCUGCUGGUUUUGCUAUCGGUAUCGUCGGUGACGCUGGUGUUAGGGGUACUGCUCAACAACCUCGUCUUUUUGUAGCUAUGAUUUUGAUUCUCAUUUUCGCUGAAGUUUUGGGACUUUACGGUCUUAUUGUUGCUUUAUUGUUGAAUACUCGUGCUACUGAUAAUGUUACAUGUUAUUAGGGCGUUUUAAUACUUAUGUUGGAUUCAGUCCUUUUCUGUAUGAUUUUACAAUGUUCAGCUUGAUUUUCCUCUCGCAUGAAUAGAUUAGCCCAAUUUUUUUUAUGUGCCCUUUUACAACACCUAGUAAUCGUCCUUAAGUAUAGAUAAUUCGAGAAAAUAAUUCACUAUCUACCAUAACAGAACGAGCACGAUAGAAAAACCAACACUUAUUAACGAUAAGUCCUACGAAAGAAUCAUUCAGUUGACUUACAGAAUCAAAAUUUCCCAAGUGACCAAAGAGUUAAUUAAAGUAGAUUAAAGAAAAUUAUUCAAAACGCUACUGUCCGUGAGCGUAUUUAUCCCCCA